AAGUCACGGUGGCACUUUGCACCACGACACCCAAUUGUAAGCAAGUCACCACGUGUUUUUAUUGUUUACAACAAUAGACUUUAAAAUAUAAAUAAUAUAGUGUAAAAAAAAAAUUAAUAAUAAAUUAAGUGAUCAAUAAAUUUAAGCGUCAUGGAUAUAUGUAUAAAUGUAUCAACAGGUCCACCAAAUGCCAGUGAUAUAAAAAAGGCACGUUCGAGGUUAAAUCCUUAUAAAUCAGCUGGUAAAAAAACAUCUUUAAAAGGUAAUAAUAAUUCAAGUGGAUCAAAAGUUAGACAAAAGUAUUUGCCAAUAAGACCACAAAAACCUGGUGAAUCACCAAAGCCAUGUACCAAGUUAAUCCAUCCUGAUUCAGCUAAUAAAUCAGCUCCAAAUAAUGAUAAAUCACCUCCAAAUAAUGAUAAAUCAGCUCCAAUUAAUGAUAAAUCAGCUACAACUACUGAUAAAUCAGUUGAUGAUAGUCCAGAUGCACCAGACACUAGGCCAAAACAUGUUAAUAUGUCAAAAAAUACACCAAAAUUUAAUGAUUCAGGAAAGGUAAAUAAUUUUAAAUCAAAUCCUCAUAAAUCAGCUGGUAAAAUAUCAUCAUUAUUUGGUAAUAAUCCAGAUGUACCAAACAUUGGACAACGACUUGUUAAGCCAGUCAGUGAAUUAGUAUUUACUAAAAAGAAUUUUGAUGAUCUUGAUAUACAUCCAUUUAUGAUAUCAAAUUUAAAACAAAAUAUGGAAAUAACUAACAUGACAACUGUACAACAAAAAGCAAUACCACAAAUAUUAUCAGGUAAAGAUAUUUUGGUACGUUCACAAACUGGUUCUGGUAAAACAUUAACAUAUGCAUUACCUAUCGUUGAAUUUUUACAUAAAAUACGUCCCAAAUUAAUGCGAGAUAGUGGUUUAAAAGCUUUGGUUAUUGUUCCAACACGUGAAUUGGCUCUACAAACAUACGAGUGUUUUUUAAAACUUAUCAAGUCUUUUACUUGGAUUGUACCUGGUUAUUUAGUUGGUGGUGAAAAAAGAAAAGCUGAAAAAGCAAGAUUACGUCGGGGUUGUACAAUAUUAGUUGCAACACCUGGUAGAUUGUUAGAUCAUAUUAAACAUACUGAAGCUUUAAAACUUAAUGAUGUUAAAUAUUUUGUUCUUGAUGAAGCUGAUCGUAUGCUUGACAUGGGAUAUGAAAAAGACAUAUCUGAAAUAGUAUCAGCACUUAAAAAUACUGAUGGUAGUAGUUCAGUAUCAUCAAAUGGCUAUGAUCCAAUGUUAAUGUUGAGACAAAAUAAAAAAACUGUAUUUAAUGAUGAUAAUGAUGAUGAAGAAGAAAAAGAAGAAAAAAUUGAAGUUAAAGACGAAGUUGAAGAAGAAAAAACAUCAGAAAUUGAUGAACAAAAGCAAGAGUAUCAUUCUGGUACAGACAGUGAUGAUGAAACACAAGAAUUACCAAUGAGAAAUAAAAAAUUAAUUAAAAAAACAAGUCAAGUUGUUGAAGAAGAAAAAAUUGAAGCUACUGAAGUUAAAAAAGAAAUAUCUGCAAGACAAACUAUAUUAUUAUCUGCAACAUUAACAAAUGCUGUUGAAAAACUUGCUGGUCUUACAAUGACAAAUCCAAUAUUUGUUGAUGCUGCUGAGGAUAAUUUAAAAAAUGUUGGUGGUAAUAUAGGUGAUAUUAAUGAAGAUUUAGUAGUACCACAAAGUGUCAUACAAACUUAUGUUGUAACACCACCAAAAUUAAGAAUGGUCACAUUGAGUGCUUACAUUGCUGGCAAGUGUCAGGAUUCUGGACAACAUAAAAUGCUUGUUUUUGUUGCAACACAAGAUAUGGUUGAUUAUUAUACUGAAAUAAUGUCAUCAGUACUUGGUAAACCACAAGAUGCUGAUGAUGAAGAUUCAAAUCCUCUUGUUGAUGUUGAAUUUUUCAAGUUACAUGGAAGCAUGAGUCAAAAAGAUCGAACAGAUGUCUUUAAAACAUUUAGAAAUGCACGAAGUGGAGUUUUAUUUUGUACUGAUGUUGCUGCUCGUGGUUUAGACAUGCCAAAAGUUGAUACUGUUAUACAAUACACUGGUCCACUAUCAGCUCGUGAUUAUGUACAUCGUAUUGGUCGUACUGCUCGUGCUGGUUCAGCUGGUACAGCAAUUAUAUUUCUUACACCUCCAGAAAUUGAUUUUAUUCGUAUGCUUGAGUCAAGAAGAAUACGAAUUAAACAAGAAAAUAUGGAUGACAUAUUAGACAAAUUGAUAGGACCGCUUUCAAGACAAAAUACAGUACAAGCUGCAGCAACUGAUUUACAAAAUAAAUUUGAAAAUCUUGUUAUUGAUAAUAGAAAGUUUCACGAUAAAGCUUGUAGAGCUUAUGUAUCUUGGGUACGAUUUUACUCUAGCUAUCCUCGUGAUAUGCGUGAUAUUUUCAAUCGAAAAGAGCUUCAUCUUGGUCAUUAUGCAAAAAGUUUUGCAUUGAGAGAUCCACCACAAAAAAUUGGUGGUAUUGGUAAGACACUUCGUGAAACAAACUCAUCAAAAGUUGAGCAUAAUAAUCGUUUGUCAAAUGAACGACCUUCAAAGAGACCACCUAAUCAACAACAAAAACAACAGCAACAACAGCAAUCACGUGGAUCAGGAAAUUCUGGAAAUAAGUCACAUCUUUUAAAACGAUCUAGAAUGUUGAAUACAUCUGAGUAUGGUGAUGGUUUAGAGCCAACAAAAAAAUCUAAAAAAGUUUGAGCACAAUUUUAACACAAGAAAUGAAUUAUUAUAAUUAUUGUUUUUUUUUUUAAUAAACAAAGUUAUAUUUUUAAUCAAAA